AAGAGCAACCUGAUCUCAGCAAUAUAUUAGCUACAGUAAACCAACUCCAACUCAACAACCAAGCCUUUCAACAAAAUAAUGUGGAUCUCAGAAACAUCUUAAAUUAUAUUCAUACCCAAGGUCACCUUGUCAUAUGUAUGCAACCUAAUUGUUACCUUAAUGAUCAAUUACAAGCAGGUCUUUUGGGAAGCUUAUUGACAGGACUAGCCCUCAACUGGUUUGCCCCGCUUCUGGAAAAACAAUCACCAUUGCUUGAAACUUUCGAGGAUCUAGUCAAAGAAUUUGAAGCCACUUUUGGUGACUCAGAAAAGUCUAGAACUGCAGCCAACAAAAUUCGGAAGCUCAUCCAAGGGUCAAAACCAGCCUCAAGUUAUGCCUCUGAAUUUCAGCAAAUUGCAGUUGAAGACCCAAUCUCACUAAACGAUGCUAUUUCAAAAGCUGUUAGGACAUCUCAGCAAGACAGCAUCAACCUCAGCCCACUACUAGGUCAGCACUGUUCAAAGAGCCCAAUGCAAAUCGACUCUAUGAAGAUUGGACUACUCUCAGGAACUGAGAAAAAACAGUGUCGUACUAAUAACCUCUGUUUUUAUUGUGAUAACCCAGGUCAUAUUGUCAAAAACUGCCUCAAAAAACCUAAAUUACCACCAAGAAUUGACACUAUUAUCUCUCCAGAAGAACCGUCAGGAACUGUCAUUAGGGUCUGUAAUGCAUAA